CACACGUACUAUGCUGUCCACUAGAUGCGUGCAUACUCCUACAAAGGCUACCAGGGUAAGUCACCUCAGACGCGAAGCAAACAUGAAGGCGCCGAUCUCCCAUACAGAGACAGAUAUUAUUAAUGCAGAAAUCCGGACGGGACUGCUUGGAGAGUGGGACCUCGCCAAGUUGGACGCGAGCCCAAAGGUCAACACCUUCCACCUGUACGAAGAUUAUAACCGUGGCGGGAGACUCGUCCUCGAGCUGGAGAGCUGAUGAGCGUCGC